AUGUCGGCAGGGUCCUCUCGGACUCAGCAAGCGGCACCCGCCGCUGGUGGUGUGCGCCGCAUGCCUUGGACAAGGGAUAUGAACGCAAACGCAUUGCGGGCGCACUAUAGGGCGAAAGGGGAAGAAACUGCAGGGAUAGCGUAUCUGGCUCGGAUGCAUUGCUUUUUUGAUGAGCUGGAGCCGUCUAAUCCCGUCACGGAACAAAACCUGGCAGAACGAGUUCGGUACAUCAUGCGCUCGAAAAUAUUUGAUGAUGCCGAGCUCGAACGACUACGACGUGAGGCAUUCCCUCAUCGAAUGAAUUGGCUACGGCUGGGGAUGCGGCUCCUCUGGCGACAGACCAGCUGCCACGCGUAG